UUCGGCAUAGGCUAUGAUGUUCUAACUUUUAACUUUGAGGUUACGACGUAAAUGUUGGUUUUAUCUAUGGUACAAUCUGAUUACUGUCGAAUGUCGGAUAGUGGUAAACGUGAAUAAUAUUUAUGUUUGCUAUUUUAAGUUGUUUAUAUUUAAUGAGCUGUUAGAAGUUUCUAAAUGUCGAAAGAAACGGACGAUGUAGAGAAGAAAUCGGUGAUUAUUUUUGGUCGAGAUGUAAGCACCAUACCCUGCUUCAGAAAUAGCUUCUUGUAUGGAAUUGAAAGUGGAUUUGUAGGAGGCUUGACUUACUUCUUGUUCACCAGCAAUACCAGAGUGGCAACACAUGUGGGAUUCACAUCAUUUGUUAUUGUUACAAUGUCUUACUGGUUUCACUGUCGAUGGCAGUGGUCCAAGGAGAAAUUUACACAUGGUCAGUUGCAGGCUGUUAUGAAGAAGCAUGCAAUGUACGAAGGAACUGAUUAUGAUCUGACUCACAAAGGUGAAGUGCGUGAUGUUAAAAAUGAACCAUGAGAUUCACUUUUAUGAGGUGCUGUGACAGAAUCAUGUAGCAAUUGAACUGUAUAUUGACAGGUACAAGUUAAAAUAUAAUGUGUUUUAUUUAAGAAAUUUUACUGUGGAUUAAAAAAAAUAUCAAAUUGUUAUGUUUUCUGUAUGGGUAUUUAGGUAUAUCUUACAUGAAUUAUGUCUCCUGAAUUUUCUAGUCUCAUUAGUAUUUUAUGAUGAUUCUAGCCAGGUUAAGAUUUUAAAGCAAAGUUUUUUUUAAACAAAAAUAAAAUCAAGUAAUACAUGCAUAGGCAUUCUUCUCCAAUAUUAAAAUAUUAAAGGAGUAUGUGUGGAUUGGAUUCAACAGGCUCAGGAUAGGCAGGUUGUUGUGAACUUUCAUGUUCCAUAAAGGACACCAAAAUUCCUGGUCAGCUGAAUGUUAUUGGCUUUUCAAGGGCAUUGCUCCGUGAAGUUUAUGGUACAGGAAUACUCCCAAUGUUUCAAGACAAAAUCCAUCGAUACAUUUACUUUUGAGAUUAAACCAUUUUUAAUUUAGUACAAUGUGUUUGAAAAUUAUAUUUUUCCUGUUUUCAGCAUAAAUAAAACACUGUUGACAUACAAAAGUAA